CUCGGAAAGGACAGUACAACUACUUUAUAUUGUGAAUCCUUCGAAGUAUUCAAAAAUAAAAACGUGUGAACGAUAUUAAAGCAUGUUGACUGUUAUACAAGUCGCGGUUAUGCUUUUGAGCAUAGUAAGCGCUGAAUCUACAUCAUCGCCGUCGCAACUAAUCAGACCCAGCUUGUUGAAUAAAAAUGGGCUGCGAUUGCAGUUGCCUAGCAAGCCCAACAAAAAUAAUCUAACGCCGAAGAUCAUUGGAGGAACAAAUGCCCAUAAUGAUGACACCAAGUAUCAAGUUUCUAUUCGAUUGCGAGCAGCAGAAAGAAUCUUCGGGAGCGGACACAUUUGCGGAGGAAGCUUGAUAUCAUACACAACUGUUCUAACUGCAGCCCAUUGUCUAUUCUACUUCAAUGAUGACAAUAAGGAGGGCGUGCUGAGGUCCUCGUCGGAAUUCUCAGUUGUUAUGGGAACAAUGGAUCGCUUCAUUCGUACGGCAACUACGCUUUCGUACACUAUCACUUCAUUCAAAUACCAUGAGCAGUUCAAUACGGAAGAUAUGAGGAACGAUAUAGCGUUGAUGUUCCUAAAUGGGCAGGUGCCACCAAAUUUCCCAACAGUUCAGCCUAUAUCGCCAGCCACGUACGCAGUCCAACCAGGAAGUAUAUGCCAAAUAAACGGCUGGGGGACAGACGCAUUUCAAGGAGCAGCAUCAAAUAUUCUCCUAACUGCAAACGUGACCCUCUUCAGUCCCAAAGAUUGCCGACGAAGGUACGGGGACAUGUUACUCAGUGGAAUGAUGUGUGCCGGUGAUUGGAGUGGAUCUCACGAUGCAUGCCAAGGGGAUUCCGGUGGGCCGCUAGUUUAUCAGCGAACUUUGAUUGGCAUCGUGUCCUGGGGCAAUAAAUGCGGAUCGCCUGAUUGGCCAGGAAUUUAUACUAAUGUCACCUAUUAUCAGAACUGGAUUAGAACGAAUCGAGGGAGUCAUCAAGAAAGCAUUCAUUCAAUCAUCAUGUUAUGUCUUUUAUCAUCAAUAUUCAUUAAACUCGUCUGAUAUUGUGAUAACAAGUAAAGUAAAUAACAAAUUAGUGAACAUGAUAUGGAAAUUAAAGAACAUGAAAUGAGCACAUCGAGACCAGAGUGGUAGCAAAUUAAAUAUAAAUUAUAAGGACCUGCCUGAUUUUCUAAGGAUAUAAGAUAUUUACUUCGCCUAAGUUAUUGUUUAAGAUUCUUUCUUCCACCAUUGACUACACGCUCUCAAAUCGCAAAUCGUUAAGAACUUAGGUUUGGGGCAUUUUGGCUUUAAUGUUCUCAUUUAUAAUAUUAUCUGUAUUAUAGAAUUUUAUAAAAAAUGUAUAAACUAAUUAAAUUUAGAAUACUUCGAAAUGGAUUCAUUUGUUUUUACAAUUUGGACCUGAUUCCUAUUUAUGUAUCCUGAAUAUCCAUCAUGGUCAAUGUACACAUUGUACGAACUCAUAUUUGCGGAGAAUUUCCUUUAGUGUUAGUCUCACAAUAAACAUUUGAAACUCACAGAAAAAUGUAACGAUGCUGCCCGCAAUUAAGUAAAAUUAGAAGCCUAGAAUCUACUUUAUUUUAUUAUCUAUUUCUGUGUGAAAAUUGUUAACAUUUUUACUUAAGGGGAGAUAUACAAUUAGAAUUUUCCAGAAAAUUCCUUUUCCAUAUUGGAUCAGGGCCUUGAAGUGUGUUAGAGCACUUCAAGACCGUCACGGUACACUGUAGGAGGCAAUGUGGUCAGCAUUGCGCUCGCUGAAGAUU